AAUGCAAAACUUGUUUGGGUCCCUAUUAAAAGGUUCAUUUUUUCAACCUUGGCCUGCGGUUUUUGUUAAGUCUUAAAUUUUGGCCCACUCUGUAUUUGAGUUUGACACCCCUGGUCCAGAUGAUCAAUUGAGGAAAAUGACCAAAAUUGCCGUUAUGACCGUUCCUGUUGUGUGAAUGUCAACAGUUGCACAGGAUGUGGGCGGAGUCUCAGCAAGGGCCGUCCAGAUGCCCCCCCUGCAAACAAGGAUACUGCACCUACUGCCAAGUCCUUUACAGCGACCUGGAUCAGCAUCUAUCCAGUCUCAGACACCUGGAUUGUGUUGGAGCGUCCUCCAGGGCGUCUCGCAGUAUUUCCUUCUCUGACAGCCGCUCCGGCAGUGAGACUCUACUGGAACGUUUCCUGCAGGAUGUCUUGUUGCACCACCCACACUGCUACAACGAUACCAGGCCAUCAGAUGCAGACCUUCCGUCAGUCUCCAACCCUCUUUUGCCAAGGGAGGUGUUCGAUGAAGUGUGUUUGUCUGAUGACGACAGCUGGACGUUGGGUACCCGGGAGCACCUGCCCAGCUCAGACAAUGUGUCUGAUCACAUGACUAAUCCAGAAAAAGAUCCUGGUCCUAGUAGCCUGUUAGAGAAAAGAGGGCACAGACAUUCUUCACCAGCACAAGAGCAGAAUUACGCAAUGAGCGUUACCUCAGGGCAUACACAUCCGUCUAAACAUCAGGCUAAGCCACCUGUGCACCGGAAGGCACACAGGAAAACUGACAGGAGGAAAAACCCUUCACCCAAGGAUGCAGAUGCAGGUACAUGGUCCCUCUCUGUCCCUGUGCCACAGCAUUGGCAAAGCUGGCAGAAGCAACAGUUGGCAGCUAACAGUGUGCCUCUGCACACUGACCUUCUGGACCAAACUAUUGAAGAGGUGAUCCAAACAUACUGUCAUGGAGACUGUUUGAUCACCUGUCCUCAAGAGGAGACGGAGAGCUUUCACAUUAGUCCGCCUCAGUCUCUUCAAACACACUCGGACUGGGACUCACCUGUACAGAUGCAGUCCCAUGUCCAGACGCAGGUGAGGGACUUCAGCCAUCUGACUGAUGUCCAGGUAGACCUGACAGACCAGUUGUACUCCCACCAGCUCGACUCCGUCCUCCGCAGUGAACAACGUGCGGCCCAAGUAUUUUGUGGUGUACCAGGAGAAGAAACGAUACCACAGCAUUUGCCCGAAUCCUUCAGAGGGAAGACAUGGACCCAGAUUGAAGCGGAAGAUGAGAAGAAGGUGGACGAGCUGGUCCUGCAGUUCAGACAAGGUCGUUUUGUCUGCUGCUUCGACAGCGAGUCACUAGCAAGGGUUGGCACCGGACGCAAACACAGGAGUAGGCGUGGUCAUACGGAAGCAGUGUCAAACAUGGUUUUCCUUCCUCUGCUGAACACCGAUGAGGAGGAAGUCAGAAAGAGGCGGUGCUUUCGGAUGGCGUCCAGGUGUCAAGUGGUCAAAGUGAGUCACAGCACUCAGACCAUUCACUUUGUUGUCCCCACUGUCAAUCAACCAGCCACGCAGGCCACUCCCAAAUCAGUGCCUCUCCUUGGAGCAGAAAGAACUCCUGAGGUGCAAUGUAAGCGUCUUCCGCCUUCGUACUCCCCCAUCAUCACGCCUCUGCAGGCGAGUACCUCCCUGGUCCACCUUCUCUGUUCUCCGACAUUUCCCGCCCCCCUCCACACAUCUGCUGCAGGGUCCGCCCCUAAACGCAGCAGGAGAAGGCAGCGUCCACUAGACUUUCAGAGCUCGAAUGUCAAAUAUAAACCUUUUCCAGUGUGCUUCUAUGAUCACCGUAGCAAUCGAAUCAUAAAGAACCCUCCCAAAGGUUUUGUUGGAACUAAAAGUUCCCCCCUCUCUGGGCCCUUGCCGUCAUGUGUUCGUCAGCUGUUCCGAAGUCUGAGCCCGGACCUGAACGCUGAGAGAUUGUCACGGGAAGUUGAAUCUUCCAGGGCCAAAAGUCACAGGUUAUUAGAUACCACCUCCUCCAUCAGCGGUCGUGUUGCCAUGAGCACGCUCAGUACGGACUCAGCACAGACCCUUAAACGCAAAACAGUUAAGAGGCAAGCCAUGGCGGCCACACUUGUGAAUCCCGGCAGGUCAAAGCGGGAAAAAAUGGCUAUGGAACAAAGGCCAAGACUCCCCAAGAAGAGUAUCCGAAUUCAGAAGAGAACACGUGGUCUCCAUCACAUGUCCUCAACACAGCCACACCUCCGACGAGGACGGUCUCAGAGAGGGAGGGGCUGUGACAAGACUGCUAAGUAGCACAGCUGACAUCAAAAAUGUGUCUGGGUUAAUACUUUAAAUCAGGGGUAGGGAACCUAUGGCUUUAGAGCCAGAUGUGGCUCUUUUGAUGACUGCACCUGGCUCUCAGAUAAAUCACGGUAAGUAAUGAAUAAUUCCGCUGGUAAUCACAGUGUCAAAAAUAACGUUCAAAAUAUAAAACAUUCUCAUGCAUUUUAUCCAUCCAUCCAGUUUCUCUCACACCAGUUCAACAAGUCGCAUUAAUGGUAAGAAGUAUUUUAUUUAUUGUUGGUUAGCUUCAGAAUAACAAUUUUGUUAAAAAUAAUAAGAUACUUAUUAUACUCUAAAAAUGUUGAUCUUACUGAAAAAUGCACUCAUUGUUGUAUUCAGUCUUAAAAAUUGUUUUAUAUGGCUUGUAUGGCUCUCUCAGCCAAAAAGGUUCCCGACCCCUGCUUUAAAUGAUUCUCUGGUCUUGCAUCACACAUUUACUCCACUUAAGUCAGGUGUGGCCAGAGUCCAUCCAGCUUAUACACGGCAUAUUCUUCAUAUUUAUACUGUAUUUUAAAUACUAAAUUAAAAAGGGCCUAUCAUCACAACUGA